AUGAUCUCUCCCCAAAGCGUUAUUGUAACCCCUCAAGAAAUAGCUGACAAUAGACUUCAUAAUCAAUUAAAGAAUAAAAAAAUUAAAUAUUGCAGAAGGGAAAUACGUGCUUUUGACGUAUACCAGUAUGCAAUAAAAAAAGCCAAUAAAAAUAGAUCUACAAAAUUUUCUAGCAGAGACUUUUUCAGUAAAAGCGGAAAACUUUGGAAAACAGAGCCAAAAGCUAUAACAAAUAAAUAUCAAGUGAUAGCACAGAAAGCACAGGCGAUUUUAGAAAAUUUAGACCGUGCACAGAACUCAAAUCACAUCACCUGCGAGCAAACUCUGAGACGAACUGAUAAAUCGAAUUACGCGUACGCAAAUACGGAGGAAUAUCAAUCUAAUGUGUCAGCUGCUUUUUACAAUCAAACGGAAUAUAAUUUGGUCUUUCAUCAAUAUCAAACUAAUGUUUCAGAUUCUCUUUACGACCAAACAGAAUCAAAUUUGGCUUUUAAUCAACUUCAAUCUAAUGUUCCAGCUUCUCUUUACGAAGAUUGCAUUAUAUGCGAAUGUUGGGAAUGCCAUAAAAAUCUUUACGGGUAUUACCCGAAUCUCUUGAACGAGAUGUCAAAGCCUUGCCAAUAUCAUUCAACUAAUUGA